ACGAAGACCGCGGUUUUUUUUAAAAAAAAAAAAACAUUAAAAAUCGUACUCGCUCCUUUUUCUAAUAUUCACAUAUUGCAGAAUAUAAUAAAAACAUGAUUUUCGCACCGACACACGAUUCGAACUACAGUAUAGUGCGCGCGUCGACUAGCCGAUUAUCACAAUAAUAAUAAUUAUUAUUAUUACUAUUAAUUUCGGUGUCCGUUAUCGCUUUGUUAUCUAAAAUCAAAAUACACACACACACACAGAAUCCGCGAUAGCGGUCCAUUGGCCGUCAGUGUUAUACUAUGAACGAACAGCCCAAGUCUGUGGCGAUCCGGCCCGAGUAGUGCUUUUUUUUUAUGAUUUUUAGUUUUUUUUUUUUUUAAUUUUGGUUACCGACCCUUUUUGGAUUAUGAUAUUUUUCGGACUGUACUAUCUGGUGAAACGAGCGAUUUACUUGUCGUCGAAAAAGAUAUUCAACGGCAACGGCGACGGUGUGUCGCCGGUCGGCCUUGGAGGCGACGUCAAACCGUCCAAAAAGUCCAAAAGGAAAAACAAGCGAAUCGCCAAAGAUUCAAUUUUGAACUUGUCUUCUGCCACUUACGGCUGUGUCCUCCAAAAAUCUGCAAUGGUUGAGGUGUUUGCAGCCAAUCAAGGCGACUGCAAUUCUAAUAAUUUAGAAGUGUUGGACGCCACAUUGAGUUCGUAUAGAAGUAACACUUCGUCUCAGGAUAAUGUAGAUUUCUUCCAGGACUACUCGGAUUACCAAUGGUUUGCUGAUUACAGGUAUCGUGAUUCGGAUAACUUUAAUCACCACCAUAGUAUAUUGUCAUCUAUAUCGGAAAGUUAUAACGUCCCUUGCUAUGAAGACGUGGCAAGAGAUUUAGAUGUUAAUUUGGCUCAUAUCGAUAUGGAAAACCUCAAAACCGAAGAUAUCCACAACAUACUCAGUACUUUGCCGUCUAUGUGUGGACAAGAUUUACAAAACAUAUCUACCGAUUCUUUUUGUAAAACUAAACAAUUGUUCUCGCCCGUCAAAGAACAGUCAUCAAAUCCUUUCAUAACGUUCAGUACCGAUUCUUUGGACUGUAGCGACGACAUGCUGAUUACGUGCAAAGCCAACAACAAGCAUAACUAUACGAUUGCGUUUGAAGAGCCGGCUUUGGGUAAUUCGGAAGAUUUUCAAAACAGCGAAGCCAUGAGCACGGGCGAGAGUCGUAAUACUGGUUCAGGAGAAGCGUGGUCGAGUGAUGGUAGCGUACCGGCUAACGUUCCAAUGUUUUCAGACACUACGUUCACCACAUGGAAUAAGUUGAAGAAAUGUACUACUUCCGAAACCAACAACAGUUCCCAACGACCUAAAGAACCGCAGUCCAGUUUGUCUUCGAGUGUUAAUGAAAAAACCCAAAGUUUACCCGAUCUCAUACCACUAAAGUUAUUGUGGCUAAAGCAAAAGAAUAGUCACUAUAACUAUCUUGUCAAGUCUACACAAUCCGAGGGAGGAAACGACUGCAGAGCGGCAAAGCUGUUUGACGCAUCCGGCGCUAAAGAUCAAAGCACUAGUGCCAAGUUCAGUUUGGUAAAGAUGUUCAUUAGUCAAAAGAAGAAUCGUCAGUCAGACGGCAGCCUAGUGAUAAGUGAAAAUGAAGCUACAGAAUCGAGUGAACUGACGAAAAACAUUCUCGACGAUAGUCUUAUGCCUGACAACGAAAAGUCAGAGAGUGCCAAACAAAUAAGCAAUAACAACUCGUCGAUAAUGCCAAACAAACGGCUGUGGAAAGGUUCCAGUAUGAACAGGAGCAUGCAGACUUCAUCCAUGGAUAGUGGGACGAAUACAAAUUCAGACACUAAGUGCGCUAACAGUCCCGUGUACGUGAUGUUCCCGAGUUACACAUUGCCGGAUCUUUCAUUCUUACAAAAUCCAAAAGCUGCACUGGAUAUUAACAACGUGUUUCUUAUGCCUCAAAAGUUUUCGCCAUUGCCAUCUCCCGAAGUCGAGUCGAAGAAAUUAUUGUCCACGCCUUUACAAGAAGAAUUGUCGUCGGCGGAGAAUUCGUUUGAUUUAAAAUCGCUUUGUGCCAAAGGAUUCGAGCACGUUAACGAUUGGGACUCGUUAGCCAUGUUAUUACCGCGUAAUGUGACAAUGGCCCUGUCAAAGACUCCGGAACUAAAAGAAAGAUUCAAACGCAUAAAUUUGCAUCACGAAGAACCAUCUUUUUGUCAAAUAGAACCAAAAGUUUGUGGCAACAAAGACAAUAUGUAUAUUUAUCAGUAUGACGAUUCUAGUCAACAUCAGAAACCGCCGCCGGCGGGUCGAGUGAAUUCGAAAAUUCCUAUUAAAAAUGAAUUAAGAAGACCCAUUAGCGAAGUACCAAAAAGGUUUAGCAUGUACGACAUGAAAUCGGAAACCUUGCAAGAACGACAAAACAAAAGGCGUUCGCUGCCUUCACAGUUGACAAUCAUUCCUAAUAUGCCUCCUAUCGCGGGUUCUGAUGUCGGCACUUCAGAAGACGAAGGCGUUGAAUGUUCCGGUAGUAAUUGCGAUAGUCCAAACCCGUGUAGCGAUGAAGCCAAGAGACUGGAUUCGUUACUGCGACAGACCAAGCAAUCUCGCGCCAGCCUUAAAGCACAAGUCAACAAGUACUUGAACCGUGCCGGACACCACACGCCACCGAAUUCGCCUAACCAAACUACGAUUCAGGCCAAACGAGGAAUGGAUGUUGAAAAAUUUGAAGAGUGUGAAGUAAAUAAACUCACCGAUUCUAUUUCACACAAAAAAGACUUGGUCAGGAACUGUUGUUUCGCAGCCGAAAAAAUUGCGUUUUGCCUCGACAACGAUUAUACAGAGGACUUGCAUUCGGUUGUCCUGGACGUUCUUUGUCCAGCGCUCUAUGCCUUGUUCAGCGAGAACCUAAAGCCCAUGUUGGAAACAUCAUUUGGAGCAGUGCACAAUUCUGUUUGGCACGUCAUCGAAUCUUCUUCUCAACAAGGUGUACUGUCUACAGCCCUCAACGAACUUACCAUGAAGAUCAACAAUGAACUUGCGCUCAACGAAGGUGUAAUGAAGUUCAACGCGUUUAUCUUCGGCUUAAUGAACGUUGGCGGAUUGGACGCAUGGCUAAGCUACAUGAGAACUAGGGAGUCUGUCUGGCAAAAAUACUACACCCGUAACGCUCUGUUUGUCCGUGCCAAUUUCGGCUGCACUUUGCACAGAGAUCUAGUCGACCGUCUCGUCGCGGCCUCCAAACCUUUGGCCAAACACAAGCCCGACUUUGAUCCGCUCUACGAGUGCCGUAAACUUCACGAGAGCCUAUCAAACAUAAAUAACCGAACCUCUUGGUUGUUGAAGAAGACUGCCAGAACUUUGGAAAACGAAGCGUCGAGGCCUCGGUCGUACGUGGACUCGUCCAAAACUGUCGAUGUUGCCAGCACGGCUAGCAAACGUUGGAGCGGCGUACCGAUGGGAUCGAAACUGGCUACGGCGUUUGAACGUCUUGAAAACAUAGACGAAAGAACACGGGUGGAGGUCGAGAACAACGCAGAUACGGAGAAGCCGGUGCAAGGAAAUCGUUUUAGAAGACUGCAGAUGAAGUGGGAGUUGUUGAGCACCAAAGACCUAACCGUGGACACUCCCGAUUUUGAUUCUCCCCAGAGCGACUCGUCCAAGUCAUCAAGGAGAAUUUCAAAAUCUCGCAUACCUCGGCUAGUCCUUUCACCUGUUCAACCGAUCCAGGAUCUCUUCGGUAGUAGUAGACGCCCGACGACGGCCACUCAUAGAGUCGAGUCGCCGACUUCGCCGUUGACAAGUAGAAUAGAAUCUGCCACUUCCAACACCAAAUCCAAAAAACCGCCGACGACGUCUGCGACCAAAGCCGUGCGGCCCAGCAGUUUACCGCAGCGAAAACCCAAGGAGCCCGUACGAUACGUGCGAACUCUGUCGCAUCGUCUUUCGGCCGACAACGGCCAUCUGUCGUUCAAUGAGGGCGAGAAGCUGCAGCUGGUGCUCGACGUCGACGACAAGUGGAUACUGUGUUGUCGCGGCGCGCGUAAGGGAUUAGUGCCCAGAUCGUCCGUGCUGGCCGUUUCUAAGUGAAACUUGACCGAAAUCUGGAAAUUUUAACAUUUUUCAUUCUCUCUGUUCUCUUUUUUUCUUUAUGUGUAUUGUAUGUAAUGGUCUCAUUUUUUUUUCUUUCGUAAUUUAUGUUUAUUUAUGUACAUUUUAUACACGUACGGACUGUUAUGUUCGACUGACGAUGUGACGCGUCGCCGUUUGUACAUUAAAAAAAAAAAAAGGGUUUAAGUGCAAUCGUUGAGUUUUGGCUUGAUUUCAUUUAUUAUUUUUUUUUAACGAUUUUGUUUGGCCAAUUUUUGUUUCAUUUUUUUUUUAUUAUAAGAAUUCAAAAUUGCGCUUAAAAAAAGAAGAUAGGAACUUGUUGUUUAAAUGGAAUUGGGUGCUUUUUUUCUUUUAAAAAAAAAAUUAUAAUUUUGCCGUGUGUUUUGUUGUUUGUUUGUUAAAUAAUAAUAAUAAUAAUAAAAAAAGUCAUUUUUAUUUUACAGUUAACUACUAAUCGUUCAUAUCAUAAUGUGUAAUGUGUUACUUUUUUUUUUAAAUUAGCGUCUGCUCGUGCUCGCUAUUCGAAGUCGGGUCAUUUCCAAAUAGGCCAACGCAACGAUUUUUACUUUAAACUUGUUUGAAAAAGAACAGUUAUAACAAUAAUAAUAAUAAUAAUAAUAAUAAUGAUAAUAAUAAUAACAAUGAUAAUAAUAAUAAUAAUAGUGAUAAUAAUAAUAUAGCUAGUAAUUUCUAAAAAAGGAAGGUUUUUUUUUUUCCACAAAAUAUCUUGUACCGUUAUUUUGUAAGGCUUUUUUUUUUUUGUUACCGGAUUUAUUAUUAGCCGCUGAGGCCUUGUAUGUUCAAAUCGUAAACAAAAGUAACCGAUGGGAAUAUAUAAGGCCUCAGUGUUUUUUUACGUCGAUCGUUCGUGCUGCUACCGAACGGUCGUCGUGUGUAUUAUUAUUAUUCGCCGAUAGUUCACUUACGUCGUACCCUUGAAAGUCGUUAAUUUAGUAUGCACUUAGUAAAUUUUAAGUAAAGAAUACGCUCGACUAAUAUUUUGCUUUGUUUUAUUAUAUAAUUCUUAGGAUAGUAUAAUAUUUUAUCGUAUUGUAUAUAAAUGUUUUUCAUUCGUUUGGUUUUAUAGUUUUUAAAUAAUAUUGUAUUUUAUAAUUUCUACUAAGAUUUUAUUUUUUGUUAUUUUUUGUUUGUUUUAAUUAAACAAAAUAAGACUGCUUUUAACUUGGUAUGAUUAUUUUUUAAAUUUUUAUUCUGUAUAAAAAAAAAAAAAAGAAGAAGAAAAAUCCAAAUAUUAUAAUAUUAACCGCGAUAUAUUAUGUACGCUUACCAGUUAUAUAUAUAUACAUAUAUAUAUUAUUUUAUAUCGAUCGAAAAAUAUAUCAAUAUUAUAUUAAUAUUUCAUUUGUCAUUAAAUUAAACUAUUGAAAAAAAAGAGGCCACAUAAAUAGUUUAUUUAUAAAUACCAUAUAAUUAUUACAAUAUUAUGUUAAUCGUAAUUAAUACAUAGUUGUUGCAAUGUAAUAUCAAUUAAAAAAAAAUACCAAAGUGGCGCAAUAGCCAGGUGAAGCAUUUUGAAAAGUAUUGAAACGUAUGAUUAAUUGUACCUGUAUCAAAAUAUAAUGGCAUUAUAAAUUA